AGACGACAAAAUGCAUAACUUUCUGUUUGACAUUCAUACCCGCCCGAGCCGGCACGUCACACAGUCAGCGUCAAAUCUCGCACGCAACACGCUUCACAAUUAAUUCGUCUUUAUCUGACUGAAACAUCUACAUCAUAUCUCUUCUUGACUCUUCGCCUCACAGUCUCUCCGCCGCCCUUCUCCUCGCAUCCAGUGCACCUAGCCCCCAUAAAAACGGAACCCUGGAAUUAGUACCCAGUUCUGGAAGGUAAUCAUUUAUCUAUGAGGAAACGUUAAUCAUUCGUGUAUCAUUUCAGUACGUGGGAGCUAACAGCGUGUGUAAAAUAUUCAUCACGACGUAAUUGGAAUCUGCACCAUAAAUCUGCGCUUUCUCGCUCUGUCCGUUCACUUCUACCUGCGUUGUUGAUACAGUCUUUCCCCGAUGGUUUUGUUUAGUGCUUAUUUUACCCGGACGCAUAACUCUGGUGAGUGUUAUCGGAUAUUAAUAUGGCUUGCGGCAUAGUGGAAAUAUUCCAAACAGUAUACCUCCUCCUUCGAGACCUGAACAAUCUAUUCUUCUCAGAAAGAGAAAGGUGUUUAUAAACUCUGCACUCUCUCCAAUCACAAAAGUUUAAUCCGGGACAUGGAAAGUACAAACCGCGGCACAGUACUUGGAAAUAAAAUAAAUUGCGUGCCUUUGUCCUGGCUGUAUCCUGCAUCGCAAAGCAAGACAGCACAUUAUUUACAACGGAUUUCAUUGCGCUUCGAGGUCGGAGCCUUUUGCUGCAUCGUUGAGUUCUGUUUCACACUUCAACGGGAUGGUUACGCCGGAUUAGGGGUCAUAUUGCUGUUCUUGUCCUCUCUCCGACGGGUUUUAAAUCAUGUCCAAUUUAACAUCAGGUCCGUAGUGUGUACCCCAGCUCAAACCUACCCGACGUCAUCACCCCUUGGUCAGCCCGAACUCCCAACACCAGAACAAAUGUACCCCACUACCAGUACCCCGCACGCGACCACGCCCAAUGACUACACCCCUCUCUCAAACGCAUCUUCUGAUCCCUACACAAGCUCUGAUACCUACACUUCACUGCUCGGUACAUCCUCUACGCUGGUGCCAGUCAACAGCACGAGUCUCAACGCUCACACCGACACGACUACGCUUUCAGGAUUCCUUAAUUCCACUGAAGAUGCCAAUUCUAUGAUCAUUACGUCAUUGGUGACGUCAUUUGACUUCAACGAAACGCUGAGUGAUAAUGCUACUCUUGUGGGUACACCGGUGAAUGACCAAGGUAGACUAGGUUUGUCCAGAAAUAAUAUUGUGCUUAUUACAUCCCUCUCCAUCGUGAUUGGUUGCUUUGCCUUCACUGCUCUGCUGCUCAGGAUAGGGAGUCGGGUAAUGAAAGCAAGGAAAGAGGUGGAGGAGAGAAGACGAAGGAGACGGCAUGCUGUGAGAAGAAAUCAGGGAAAACGUUCUCCUCAAAUCACCAUCAAACAGAUUCGAGUACGAAUAGAACCUGAUAAAAGAGGGAAGCGUACCAACAAAGCUUCGACUAAACAAAUCAGGGCGCAACCGAAUCGACUGAGCCUCCGGCAGCGCCAGGAAAGAGAAGCAGAGACGUCUUUCAUCACCGCACCUGAGAUUUCCACAAAAAGGACAGAUGGUGCCCUGGUGAAGAUUGCUGCCUGCACAACCGAUGUUGCGCUCGGUAAGGCGACAGUUUCCACGCUCAAAGGAGACUCUUUCACAUCAGAAACAGAACUUCUUGAAGUGUUGGAUCGGCAGAAACGUAAGCAUCGGGAAAACGAAUAUGACAAUCCGAUCAUGAAUGUGAAAGACCCUGACGAGGACCACAAACGUGCUCGAAGAGUAAGUACAGAAACAGAGACCCCGUUAACAUCAGACACUAGUAAUGUCCCAAGCUGGAACAAUUCACCGCUCCAUGCUAUCAGCGGUAGGAAAAUGAGACGAAGCUCGUCUCCUGAAAGAACUUUGUUACCUAGCAACACUGGAGAACGGAGUGAUGUCUUUCGGGAAAGCUCGGAAUCAGGUAGUAAUGGGGAGGUGCACCGCCGAAUCAAACUGAUGCGUAUGCAUGGACGGAGAAACAGUGGCAAUACCUCUAAGGAUUCUGGAUACGCCGGAGGGAGUUUUGCCUCUCAAGACAGUUCACGCAAUCUUCUAGCGUACAGAGAUCUACGAGAGGAUCAACAUAAGCGUGAGAAAGUUAGUGUGACGAAGGACGCUGAAAGCACAAGAGAUACUACACCCGUUAUUUUUGAACUGGAGAGUGAAACAGCACCUCUGGUUCGUCUCAACAGAACCCAACCAACAAAUCCUCAACAGUCGAGGCGAUAUAGUCUUCAGGUACCUCCGCAACAUUCGUAUUACCAUAACAAUGUAACGCGUACUAGAAGCCAACCAUACACUCCUCAGCAGGUCCGACCUAUCAAGGGCAUUAUUGGGUCAUCUAUAAGAGGGAGAAGACCUCCGCUAGAAUUCUUCCCCCGAGAUAUACCGGGGCACGACAGAUAUAAUGAAUAUCCAUACAUAGUUGAUUGCCCGCCGCUCUACUACAAAGACUCUUACUUCAAUUUCAACGAGCAGUUGCAACAACCUGCAAGAUCACAUCGAAGGACCAACAACCCGCUCUAUCGUCUCCCUCCGCAAGAAUUUCAACAGUACUCCCCAAAUCUCUUCCCAUCUCUUUCUUCCUUUCCGACGACACCGCCGCUUCAUCAAGUAGCUCACGAUGACCGGGCGCGAUUCGUAAAACGCAGAACGACCUCAACCCAGACACCAACGGACAACAGCCCAGAGACUCCUCCGGCAAGCCCGCCCUCUUCACCAUCCAUCAUCAGAUGGUAUAAAGAAGGACGAUCGUACGUCCUUAUGCCGCGUGAUGACAUGGGUCUAGAUUACAUCGGCCCGGUAUACUUAGCGGAAUCUAUGAGUGAGAGUGACCAAAGCCUCUCUGAACCGUUGGAUAUAACCCUGAUAUCAAACACUGAGAAAGAUCUACGACGUGUACAACCCAGAGGGAGAAGUGAUGUUGACUCUGAAACAGAGAGCGAGAGGACGGGUGGGUUGGCUUCGACUGAUGAUGAAGAAGGCACAAAGGCGUCAUCAAAAGAUGAGGACAGUGUCAAAGAUGAAAGUGCACUGCUCUUAGAUGCUACGACCGAUUGGAUUCAUGACACCAAAUUGUGAAGAUUUUUUUUUUUAAUAAUUUUAUUUCUGAACAGAAAAAAAGUUAUACUUACUCAUGCUUUCAGUUGAGCUAUCAUAUUAUAGUUUUUUUCUUUAUAACAAACUCGUUAUGACCAGGGAAUUUACCAUGUUGCAUUGAAUUCAUAUUAUAUGAAUGAACCGAUGUAAACAAAAUUACCUUGUAACAAAUUUACAUUGUAUAGUAGAGGAGGGCUUUUUUUUUUGGGUAACGAGGUGCCAAUGUCGUAAUAUAAAUGAUAUUCUUGCCAUUUAUUAUAAUAAGAUCGAUCACGAUAUGCAAAUUUAAUAUUACCCAAGUUUAUACCGUAUAGGCCUAUACAUUUGAACUACACUUCUGGCAAGGGCCGAAAUGUAGUGAAUAAAGAAAUAUUUGAUGGCUUACGGACCUAUCAUACCCGGAUGCGACCAACUUUCGAGAUGAAGAGCGCCAAGGUCUCAUCCGGUAGCUGUUGAAGAUUCUAGGAGUCCCUAUAGUUUGUUCUGAUCGGAAAGAAAUCUUGCAAUUUAUUUACACGAGUUUCUGUUCAUUGAUUCUAGUAACUAAUGAGUAAUAUAACUACACCUACAUUUUUUAGAAAGAUCAUAAUGUGAUGAUGAAAACUUGCAACUACGCGCCAUUUUCUAGUAAUAAUGGACAACAAAGCCUCAAUCGUAAAUACAUGGUAUGUAAUGCAUACAUAAUAUAUAAUAAAGAUAAUAA